AUGACCGAACACGUGAAAUACAAUGUUUCUGAUACAAAGAUCGGAUACGAACUUGAGACGCAUUCUCUCACCUUCGUCGACUCCCAUGACGACAGCCCUCAGAGAUGUCCCAACCCAAAGUCUCAAGUCCUUUAUGUGUUCGAAGAGUCAGGCUCUGACGGUCACAAGUCCUACAAAAGAAAGGCAGAACUGGAGCUUUCGGACAUUACAUCGGAUUUGAUCGCUACGGCCGAGCGCAAUGGCGGGAACAACCAGAUCCGCCUCGAGUUGAUUUAUGGGGGCGCCACAGGUACACUUUUGACCGAUGUCAAAGACAUGAGCAAGAAGGUCGGGUUUCGCGUCGUAGAAUACAUGGCGAAAUGGGAACAUCUCAAUAAACCAGCCACGAUCGCCAUACAGCCAGGCCCCAAUCCAGGAGACCAUAAGGGAGUUGUACCUAAUCCGCCUAAGAAUGUAGGUUACAAGGUGUCUAAAAGAGAGAGUCCUGGGUUCAUGGUCCACAUGACAGUGGGAAUGCCUCUCGCUGGGUUUUACCUCAUCUUGAGUCGCCCGGCAGAUUUGCAAAGGUUCUUCGAUGACAAGAAGCCAUCUGUCAAUGUAGAAGAGACGACAAAGUUGUUCAAAGAAUGGAUCGACAAGUACAAUAGCAAAAAAGACGAAGAGAAAAACGAAGAAAAACACAAAGGAAAACACGAAGCAAAACACGAAGCAAAACACGAAGCAAAACACGGAGCAAAACACGAAGAAGAAGAAGAUAAAAUAUGGAAGAUUCCUACAUACAGCCCAGACUACGGGCGCGCCACAGCUCUUGGUUUCCUACUCACGGUGCAAUCUUACAUCUCUGUGGCCACUUCAAUGGAACUAGGAGACAAUAACCUUAAGGGGAAAGUUCCUUUCAUGCCGCGUACGGACUUUCGCACGAUGCUUAACAUUGUCUGCGAUACCAUGCAACCCGAGGCAGCAAAUCAGUUCCGACAAGAUUUGGCCACAUUCUUCCAAUAUCCGAAUAACGAUAUCGGAACAGCAACUUGGAGCUUUCGAGAAAAGCAACCCGUUGAAGGUGGAAAGGUAGAAGAAGAAAAAGAAGGAGAAGAAGAAAGAGAGAAAAGAAAAAGAGCAGAGGAAGAUGCAAGGUUCCGUGCGGAAAACAUGAAAAAGCGAGCCGCCUUGUUAACGCAGAUGUCUAAAACUGAAAAAAAAGCGCCACCCCUGAGUGCAAUCCAAAAUACAAUGGGCGAGAUCAUACCCGUGAAGGUCGAAAGGUUUUUGGACGAUCUACGCGACCCGGCCGAUCCUACUCAACCGGACCUGCUCACAAAAGGAGACCGGAACCGAAACUCUCAGAUUGGCGGACUCGGCAACAAAGUCGAAAGAAUCCUCGCUCACAGUGCGUCUGCAAAGGGCAAAGCUAGCCAAGACCUCGUUGGACCGAUCGUGGAAUUCAGGAGCCUGCGUGCCGUGGGAUUGGCGGAUCUUUCCGGGCAAGCUGGUGAUUUGUUGAAACCGAAUGCUAAAGUCAGAUACAAUCCUGCUACUACAUCGGUGUUGCAGACGUUGGAGGAUGAGGUGAGGAAGAUCCACAAGGAGGCCUAUGAUCUGAAUGGUCAUGCGUAAGCAAGAUCGUGUUAAGUCGUUUGAUCGGCGCAAGCUUGAUUCGACUACACAGAAGGAUCCUCUCGGAAAGUAUGGAUGGUUUGCUGAAUGUUUAAGAGGCUAAAUUGAGUAUUACAAUUU